AUGUUGGUUCUUUUUGAGACGGCGGCCGGAUAUGCACUAUUUCAGGUAUUGGAUGAGGGAAAGCUAGAAAAUCCGGAGGAUCUUUGGAAAGUGUUUGAGACUCCGGAGAAGGCGAAAGAAGUAGUCAAAUUGAAAUCUUUCAAGAAGUUCGAAAGCAUGAGUUCUGCCGUUUCCUCUGUCAGCGAUUUAAUAGAAGGAAAGCUUUCAGAUGAUUUGACAAAGUUCCUUCAAGAAACAACUAGUCAAACUUCGGCUGCGAAUGAAAAGCUUAUUGUGGCUGAUCAAAAACUUGGCGCUACAAUAAGUAAAAAAUUGGGAAUACAAGUCAUCUCGGACAAGAUUAUUGUAGAUCUGUACCGUGGCAUUCGUCAACAAAUUGAUUCGCUGAUCACUGGAAUCGAUUCGGCGGAUAUUGCUUCAAUGUCAUUGGGUCUUUCUCACUCGUUGUCUCGUCAUAAACUUAAAUUUUCGCCAGAUAAGGUGGACACAAUGAUUAUUCAAGCAAUUGGGUUAUUAGAUGAUCUGGAUAAGGAAUUAAAUACAUAUGCUAUGAGAGUUAAGGAGUGGUAUGGUUGGCAUUUUCCCGAAAUGUCCAAGAUUGUGGUCGAUAAUUUAGCAUAUGCUAAAGUCGUAAAAACCAUGGGGUUCAGAUCCAAUGCUCAUGAAACCGAUCUAUCGGAAAUUCUCCCGGAAGAUCUAGAAAAGGGAGUUAAAGAGGCAGCAGAGGUAUCAAUGGGUACGGAAAUCUCGGAUGAAGAUAUAAAUAAUAUUAUAAUGGGCUGCGAUCAAGUUAUUAGUUUGACCGCGUACCGUGCCGAACUUUAUGAAUAUCUGAAAAACCGUAUGACGGCCAUUGCUCCUAACCUCACAACUUUGGUCGGUGAGUUGGUUGGAGCUAGGCUUAUUUCACACGCUGGAAGUUUGGUAAAUCUCGCGAAGCAUCCAGCAAGUACCAUUCAGAUCCUGGGUGCCGAAAAGGCACUUUUCAGAGCCUUGAAGACGAAAAGUCCUACGCCAAAAUACGGAUUGAUUUAUCAUGCUAGUUUAGUCGGGCAAGCAUCACCAAAGAAUAAAGGAAAAGUUGCAAGAUUGCUUGCUACAAAAUCUUCCAUUUCGGUUCGAUAUGACGCUCUGGCCGAAGAAAAGGAUAUAACAGCCGAGUUGGGACAUAAUUGUCGAAAAAUGCUAGAAAAACGAAUUGGGGUUUUGGAACGUGGCGGAGUUCAGGAAAGAAAACAAGAUCGUAAGCAAGCAAAAGUUGAGAUUGUUUCAACGGCACCAUUAUAUAAUACAGCCGCAGACGCGGUAAAGGUGAAGUCAAAAAAAUCGGGCGAAGACGAUGACAAAAAGGAACAACCAAAUCUUAUGCAACCUAAGAAAGAAAAGAAAGUUUCUGGAGAACAGAAAAUGAAAACCGAAGCUGGCCCUUCAAGAUCAAAGGAUGAUAAAUUGGAGGUGAAAGCAGAAAUUCAGAAAAAAUCGGAGGAAGAGAGUUCGAAGACCGAUAAGGAAAAGAAAUUGGCAGAAGAGUCAGGUGAAGCUGUUGCAUCGUCAAGUAAAGUAAAGGCAUUAAAAAAGCGUAAAGUCGAAGAAGAGGAAGGGGAAAAAAGUGAAGUUACAUCAAAAAAAGUACCAUCAGAGAGUGAACCAUCUAAAGUCAAAUCAAAGAAACACAAAGCCAAGGAAUUGGUAGGUGAGGAUACAAAAAAAAGUGAAGUUGUUGCGUCGUCGAGCAAAACAGAAAGCGAACCAUCGGGGGCUAAGUCAUCAAAGAAACGCAAAACCGAGGAAACGGGAGACGAUGAUAAAAAGGAACGAAUCUCAGAACCGAAAAAAAAGAAAUCAAAAAAAUCUAAGGCGGAGGAACCACCAACACAUGAGAAGGUUGAAGAUACGAAGACGGAAAAGAAAGAAUCCGAAGGAACAAUUGUGGAGUCAUCAAAGUCAAAGGAAAAGAAAGAAGGCAAGAAAAAGAAAACCCCAAAGUAA